CCCCCGAGCCCGCCGCCAUGGGCGCCGCGGCCCUGCGCGCCCUGCCCUGGGCGCUGCUGCUGCUGGGGCCGCUGCUGCCCAGGCAGGGCUUGCAGGCCAACCCCAUGGUGACCUCCGAGCCCUCGCCGGGCCAGCCCGCCCCGCUGCCCGCCGGAGAGAUCGGGGGCUUCCCCCCCGCGCCCCCCGCGGCCCCCGAGGUGAUCCACCCCCUCAAGGAGCAGCCGGCCAACGGCUCGGGAGAGGGGCACCACAAGCCCCGCAAAGCCUUCCCCGUGCUGGGCAUCGACUACACGCACGUCCGCAUCCCCUUCGAGAUCUCCCUAUGGAUCCUCCUGGCCUGCCUCAUGAAGCUGGGCUUCCACGUGAUCCCUUCAGUGUCCAGCAUCGUUCCCGAGAGCUGCCUGCUCAUCGUGGUGGGCCUUCUGGUCGGGGGGCUCAUCAAAGGGGUGGGCGAGAAGCCCCCCAUCCUCAAAUCGGACAUCUUCUUCCUCUUCCUCCUCCCACCCAUCAUCCUGGACGCCGGCUACUUCCUCCCCUUGCGCCAGUUCACCGAGAACCUGGGCACCAUCCUCAUCUUCGCCGUGGUGGGGACGCUCUGGAACGCCUUCUUCCUGGGGGGGCUGAUGUACGCCGUGUGCCAGCUGGGUGGCCCCGGCCUCAACCACAUCGGCCUCCUGGCCAACCUGCUUUUUGGCAGCAUCAUCUCUGCCGUGGACCCUGUGGCCGUGCUGGCCGUGUUUGAGGAGAUCCACAUCAACGAGCUGCUCCACAUCCUGGUCUUCGGGGAGUCCCUGCUCAACGACGCCGUCACGGUGGUCCUCUACCACCUCUUUGAGGAGUUUGCCAACUUCGAGCAGGUGACCAUCCUCGACAUCAUCCUCGGCUUCCUCAGCUUCUUCGUGGUGUCGCUGGGCGGUGUCUUGGUGGGCGUCAUUUACGGGGUGAUCGCCGCCUUCACGUCCCGCUUCACCUCCCACAUCCGAGUCAUCGAGCCCCUCUUCGUCUUCCUCUACAGCUACAUGGCCUAUCUCUCUGCAGAGCUCUUCCACCUCUCCGGCAUCAUGGCGCUCAUUGCCUCCGGCGUGGUCAUGAGGCCCUAUGUGGAAGCCAACAUCUCCCACAAGUCCCACACCACCAUCAAGUAUUUCCUCAAGAUGUGGAGCAGCGUGAGCGAGACCCUCAUCUUCAUCUUCCUGGGUGUCUCCACCGUGGCUGGUCACCACUACUGGAACUGGACCUUCGUCAUCAGCACGCUGCUCUUCUGCCUCAUCGCCAGGGUGUUAGGUGUCCUGGUCCUCACCUGGUUCAUCAACAAGUUCCGAAUUGUGAAGCUGACGCCGAAGGACCAGUUCAUCAUCGCCUACGGGGGCCUGCGGGGAGCCAUCGCCUUCUCCCUCGGGUACCUCCUGGACUACAAACAUUUCGGCAUGAGGGACAUGUUCCUCACAGCCAUCAUCACUGUCAUCUUCUUCACAGUUUUUGUGCAGGGCAUGACCAUCCGGCCCUUGGUGGAUCUGCUGGCCGUGAAGAAGAAGCAAGAGACAAAACGCUCCAUCAACGAAGAGAUCCACACGCAGUUCUUGGAUCACCUUCUGACGGGGAUUGAGGAUAUCUGUGGUCACUACGGGCAUCACCACUGGAAGGACAAGCUGAACCGCUUCAACAAGAAGUAUGUGAAGAAGUGCCUGAUCGCAGGGGAGCGCUCCAAGGAGCCCCAGCUCAUCGCCUUCUACCACAAGAUGGAGAUGAAGCAGGCCAUCGAGCUGGUGGAGAGUGGGGGCAUAGGCAAGAUCCCCUCUGCUGUCUCCACCGUCUCCAUCCAGAAUAUCAACCCCAAGUCCCUCCCUGUGGAGCGCAUCCUUCCGGCCCUGUCCAAGGACAAGGAGGAGGAGAUCCGGAAAAUCCUCCGCAACAACCUGCAGAAAACCAGGCAGAGGUUGCGAUCCUACAACCGGCACACGCUCGUGGCCGACCCCUACGAGGAGGCCUGGAACCAGAUGCUCCUGCGGAGGCAGAAGGCCCGGCAGCUGGAACAGAAGAUGAACAACUACCUGACGGUGCCGGCUCACAGGCUGGAUUCGCCCACCAUGUCCCGGGCUCGCAUAGGCUCAGACCCGCUGGCCUACGAACCCAAGGCGGACUCAGAGAACCUGCCCAUCAUCACCAUCGACCCGGCCUCGCCGCAGUCCCCCGAGUCCGUGGACCUGAUGAACGAGGAGCCCAAGGGCUGCAGCGGCCUCCCGCCCUCGCCCGAGGAGGAUGAGGAGGGGCUGGUGAUGCGGGUGAAGGAGCCCUCCUCCCCGGGGACUGACGAUGUCUUCACCCCGGGGACCGGCGACAGCCCCAGCAACCAGCGGAUGCUGCGGUGCCUGAGCGACCCGGGGCCCCGGCCGGAGCCGGAGGAGGGGGAGCCCUUCAUCCCCAAGGGGCAGUAGCUGCUGGCACGAAGCCUCGUUAUCGUUACUCUCUCUCUUCA